AUGAUGCCUUUCGUGUGGUUGGCAGUCGCCUCCCUGGUUGGUAUCUACACUGUCAAUUAUUACCGCUGCUACACUCGCAACCUCGCCGCAGCCAAACAAUCGGGUCUGCCCUACAUAGUAGCACCGAUCUAUGUGUUCAAUAGAUUCUGGCUUGUGACACACAAACUCUGGAUCCCGUUACUGGAAAAACUCCCCAAGUCUUGGACAGAUCCGUGGUUACAGUUCCUGGAUCCGGAGUGGACUUGGUUGAAGAGACACGAGCCAUUCAAGGCAAUCGGGAGUGACAUAUUCCUUGUGUGCUCGCCGGGCAAGAACUCGGUGUAUGUUGCCGAUCCAGAGGCAACCACACAGAUUGUUACUCGACGAAAUGACUUCCCCAAGCCAAUUGAAAUUUACGGCUCCGUUGAUCUGUACGGCAAGAACGUGGUGAGUACAGAAGGUUCGAUAUGGCGCCACCAUCGCAAGAUCACAUCUCCGCCGUUCACGGAAAAGAACAACCAUCUCGUGUGGCAAGAGAGUCUGCAUCAGGCCCAAAGUAUGAUGGCUUCUUUCCUUGACAAGGAUUCUGAAGGUAAGAGUACUGUGUAUGACAUUGCCGCUGCCACUAUGCGCCUGAGUUUGCAUGUCAUCAGUCGUGCUGGCUUUGGCAGACGUCUGCUGUGGCCGCAUGAAGAACUCGAGGAGAAUGGGCAAGCCGGAGUAGUACCCGAGGGUCACACAAUGACCUACAAAGACGCGUUGAGCACAUUACUGGAGAACAUUAUUGCCGUCAUGCUACUUCCUAAAUGGUUCCUGGCGAACUCACCAUUCAAGAAGAACAAGAUCGCAUACGAGUCCUACACUGAGUGGGGCAAGUAUAUGCGAGAAAUGUACCAGGACAAGAAGGCCGAGGUCCAAGCAGGCGAAAGGCGUGAUGGCAUGGAUCUUAUGGGAGCCCUCGUAAGCGGUGCAGGUAUCAAGCCCGACCAAGAUCCAGAAAAGGCCGACAAGCAACUACUCAGCGAUAGCGAGAUUCUGGGCAAUGCUUUCGUCUUCAUCCUGGCCGGUCACGAGACUGCAGCAAAUACUCUCCACUUCGCUAUGUUAUAUCUCGCCAUGAACUGGUCGACUCAGGAGAUGCUUCAGAAGGAUCUGGACGAAAUCUUUGGCGACCGACCAGUUGACCAGUGGGACUACGAGCAGGAUGUACCAAAACUGUUUGGUAGCAUGUGUGGCGCCGUCAUGAACGAGGAGCUCCGUCUGAUUCCACCUGUUGUCGGCAUUCCAAAGUGCACGCUCAAGGACUCGCCUCAACCACUUAACCUCAAGGGUCGCCGCGUGAUCAUACCCGAGAGCAGUGCAAUCACUCUUAUCACGGUCGCAUCUCAUCGCAACCCCAAAUACUGGCCAACAACUUGCGGAUCCAAUGCCUCAGAAGCUGAGAUUGAAAAAGACCUAGCAUCCUGGAAGCCUCAGCGAUGGGUUCUGGAUCCGUCAAAGUCAAACUCACCCGCAGCACAACAACAGCAGGCACAGCACUCUGACCCUGAAGAAGACAUCGGCGGCCCGCAGUCAUCAGAUACGUCGUCCCAUCUCUUCAACCCUGAGCGAGGAGCCUUCAUUCCCUUCUCCGAAGGCUACCGCGCAUGUCUCGGUCGUCGCUUCGCUCAAGUCGAAGUCCUUGCCGUUCUGGCUGCCAUCUUCCGAGAAUACAGUGUUGAGCUGGAUCUGGAUAAGUACGCAAGCAAAGACGAGCUGGCGGCUAUGGAAGAGGCAACACGAAGACAGACAUGGGACAAGGCAAGGGACACAGCCGAAGGCUUGCUCAUGAAUGGCAUGAUGACCAUCAUCACUAUCCAAAUGCGCAGCGGCAAGGUGCCUGUCAAUUUUGUCAAGAGAGGUAGUGAAAAGUACAAGUACAAUUGAUCGUGGGCGGAAAGAUGAGACCGUUGUUCAAAGCGCAUCAUUUGUAUUUAUGAUGCGGAUUGAGGCAUUAUUGCGUGGUCGCACCAUGCUUGUUUAUAUUGGACAUGAUUCGAGCCUAUGGCUAUAUUCCAUCACGAGCACA